CGUGCUAGGAGCGCACCUAAAACGCACCACGUCACGGGACCGACGUUAUAUAAGGCUGGCCAGCACCUGGCCAGGGCCAGUCUGCAGGAUGCGCCCAACGGCGUUACAUCUCCGCGCUAGGCUACAAAGAGUGCUUCGGUUCGAAUCAUCGGUCACGCCUUUUGGAUAACUUGAACAAGAACUCCGGCUAAUUUUCUCAUAUCCAAAUCGAAGUCAGAAGGCACGUCUUCAGCUAAAAAGAAGAUGAAGAAACAAACCGUCCCACAGGAAAAGCCAUUCGAUUGCACUCUGUGUGACAAGAAGUUCUCGCAGGCUAGAAUUCUGAAGGAGCAUCUGCGAACGCACACGGGGGAAAAGCCGUACGAGUGCAGCGUCUGUCACAAGAAGUUCUCCCAGUCUGGAAGUUACAAUGCACAUCUGCGGUUGCACACAGGAGAGAGGCCCUUCGAGUGCGCAGUGUGUGGCAAAGCAUUUACACAGUCAACCCUUUUGCGUACACAUUUGCGAAAGCACACGGGGGAGAAGCCAAAGCCACUCGAGUGCACAGUUUGCCACAAAAAGUUCUCACGAUCCACUUUGGGUGUACAUCAGCGUACGCACACAGGAGAAAAGCCAUACGGGUGCACCCUGUGCCCCAAAAAAUUCGCUACCUCGAGCACUUUGAGAAAACAUUUAAUGGUACACACGGGGGAAAAGCCAUUUGAGUGUUCUGUAUGUAACAAAAAAUUCUCAUACUUAAGUCAUCUCAAAAAUCAUUUUCGAACGCACACUGGAGAGAAGCCAUUCGAGUGCACAGAGUGCGACAUGAAAUUUAUUGAGUCUACCGAUCUGCGCAAACAUAUGCGAACGCACACAGGAGAAAAACCAUUCGAGUGCACAGUCUGCCAUAAGAAAUUUGCACAGUCUGCCGGUCUACGUUCACAUCUACGAGGGCACACGGGAGACAAACCACAUGAAUGCAUCGUAUGCCACAAGAAAUUCGCUGAAUCUUCUGGGCUCAAUUUGCACAUGCAAAUCCACUCCAAUGAGGAAACAUAUAGGUGCGUCGUGUGUGAGAAAGAAUUAUCCAGUUCUUCUACUUUAAGGACGCAUUUUCGAACCCACACCAGAGAGAAACCGUUCGAGUGCGCAGUUUGCCACAAAAAAUUCUCACAAUCCUACGGUUUGCGUGUACAUAAGCUUACGCACACAGGAGAAAAGCCAUUUAAAUGCACAAUCUGCUCCAAGGAGUUCACUCAUUCCAACGCUCGUACAGCACAUAUGGGAACGCACACGGGAGAGAAGCAAUUUGAGUGCAACGUGUGCAAAAACAAAUUCCUCCAUGCAAGCAGUCUGUCAAGACAUAGGCGCACCCACAAAUGAGAAAAUCUAUCCGCCUCCGCCUGCUCCGUUUUACACUGUUGUGUACACAAUGUGUAAACAUUUUAAUCGAUGAGAUGUAGUUGUGUGUUUUAAUAUAUAAUUUUCCAACCU